AUGACGACGAGAAUGAUUUUCUUAAGAAGAGAUGUGAUCCUGAUCAUUCUCAUGGUAUUAAAUACUGUCGUAUCUGAAAGUAAUGUCGCCGUAUCAAAGUCAGCUAACCAGAGUAGCGAUUACAACAAUAAGUGGAUAGCUGGUAAGGCUGUGGAUAACUGUUUGAACACAGACGUAAGAUAUGGCUGCUGUAUACAUACCAAAGACAUAGGUCACGACACGGUCUGGUGGCGUGUUGAUCUGGGAGAGCUGGUGACCGUUAAUAGGAUCAAAAUAUAUUACAGAGGUGGAUAUCAGCGGAGAUUUGCCGGAUACCAGCUCUUUGUAUCCAAUACCACCAACACGACAACAGAUGGCGUCCUCUGUUACGAGGACGAGAGUAGCAAAGAAGCAGAUGUACAGCUGAAGGUAACACACCAGUGCCCGUAUGUAGGUCAGUAUGUGACUGUGUACAACUCUAGAGGCAACCCAAAACGACCCGAUUGGUAUAGUAAUAACGCUAUUCUGGAGUUAUGUGAGGUACAAGUGUUUGAUUGUAUUCCUCAGAAAUACGGCACUACAUGUGAUCAGGACUGUUCUAGAAAUUGCCUUGGCAGUAUGUGUGAGCAAGUAAAUGGAAACUGUUCAGAUUGCAUUCCUCAGAAGUAUGGCGUUAAAUGUGAGCAUAACUGUUCUACUAAUUGCCAGGGUAGUCUGUGUGAGAAAGACAGCGGGAAUUGUCACGAAUGUACGCCGGGUUUAUACGGAAUGGACUGCACCAAGACAUGCGGCCUUUGUACUAGCUGUAUAAAGGACACUGGUGUCUGUGUGACCGAAUGUGAUCCAGGUUACCAAGGGGAUUUCUGUAAUACAACACGAUCCCAAAUUUUUGAAAACACUCCAGUUGACGCAGGGCCAAUUGUAGGAGCUGUUGUAGGGAUGAUUUUUGUCGCUGUCAUCGCUAUUGUUAUUGUCAUCCUCAUCAGAAGACGUAGAAUAAAUGCCAGUAAACAGGAAUCCUUUACUGAUAUUGGUCGUUCCAAUGUACACGUGAACAUGUACAGCGAACCACUAGAAACAGAAAAUCAGCCUGGCAAAUCUGAUGCGGCGGAGAAAAACACUCUCAGUAAUACAGCAGGUCAAGAUGGGACACCCGUGGACUCUGCCCAUGUAUAUGUAAACGCUCAGCAGGUAGCCGGAAAGUCCGGAUCUCCUAAUAGCGUCUACUAUAAUUCCGGUCCUGUUGGAUUUCCCGUCUCCAGUCUCAAAUCUCUUGUUCAAACAAAACUGCAAAACAAGGCAAAGGCUUUCGAAAACGAAUAUAAGUCUAUACCGUCAGGAGAUUUACACGAACAUAAAGUUGGAAUGUUAGAACAAAACAAGCCAAAGAACAGAUUUAAAACCACGUUUCCCUAUGAUCAUUCACGUGUGAUUCUUGAUAAAGUUGGGAAAGAUCCACACUCCGAUUACAUCAACGCCAACUACAUCGACAGUGUUACAAAACCUGCGGAGUACGUUGCAACACAAGGACCAAGGCCUGGCACUGUUAACGAUUUCUGGCGGAUGAUUUGGCAACUGACGACCGGCAAAAUUGUUAUGUUGACAAAUCUGAUUGAAGGCGGAAGAGCAAAGUGCGACAAAUAUUGGCCGGAUGAAGGAGAACCUUUGAUUACGCCACACUUCAGCAUCAUCCUGGAUAGGGAAAGGUCGUAUGCCUUCUACGUCAUCCGGGACCUUACAGUUACAGAAAAGAAGACGAAGUCAGUACGUCAGAUACAUCAGUUCCACUAUACCACGUGGCCCGACCACGGGACUCCAGACCCAAACGAACUCGUUGUCUUCCACCGCCGUGUGAUGAACUACAGUACUGUCCUCACAGGGAAAAUGGUUGUUCAUUGCAGUGCUGGUAUAGGCAGAACGGGGACAUUCCUUGCCUUGGACGCUCUCUUGGAAUAUGGGAAGGAGUGUGGUAGCAUUGACGUAAUGCAAUACAUAAAAACCAUGCGGAAGGAUAGGAUCAAUAUGGUUCAAACUGUUGAACAAUACAUAGCUAUACACCAGCUCCUUAUCGAAGCCUUCGAUAUGCCAGACACCCUGAUUCCAAGAAUGAAGUACCACAAGACACUUACUGCUCUCUGUAAUGGCGGCCCCACGAACCAAACAAAGCUCAGGAAGGAAUACCAGAUAAUUUGA